GUGGUUCACGUGGGGGUGUCAGGCAUGGCGACCACAGUCACACUGGAGAAGUGUGGCCACAACAAGGGCUACAGGGGCCUGGACAACUGCCGCUUCUGCCCUGGCUCCCAGUGCUGUGUGGAGGAUGGACCCGAGAGCAUCGAGUCCAUCAUUGACAUGGAUGCCGUGUGCAAGAGAGUGACUACGCUGGGCCUGGACGUGUCAGUCACCAUCUCCCAGGAUGCCGGCAGGUAUCUCUGUGACUUCACCUACUACACGUCUCUGUACCAGAGCCACGGCCGGUCCGCCUUCGUCCACGUGCCCCCGCUGGGCAAGCCGUACAACGCGGACCAGCUGGGCAGGGCGCUCAGGGCCAUCAUCGAGGAGAUGUUAGACCUCCUGGAGCAGGCAGAAGGCGGCCUCGCCUACUGUCACAAACACUGAGGCCUGUUGGGGCUCCUGGGGCCUCCGGCCACCGGGACCUCGGGCCUGCAGGCUGCUCAGGACAGCCUGGCGGCCGGGGGUCGGACUGCAACGCCGAGACUGCUCUUCCUCUGGCUCCUCGGAAACGCCUGUCGACUUGGAGGGCGUGGCGUCUCUGCCUCCCCUUGCGCUGGGGGACACAGCUGUUGUGGCCGGGGCGGCCGGCCAGCAGGUCCACACCUCCCCGUGGCAUCUUGGCCCGGCAGAGCUGUGCUCUGUGGGUCCCAGCCGGGACCCCCGCUGACCUC